AUUAGCAUAAUUGUAUAGUGAAGGUCUUUAGUAGCAAUAUGCACGUUUUGUUCCCAAGCGACCUUCAUGACCGCAACAAACAAAACAAAACCACCAUGGAAACAGCAGUUGCCUGACGAUCGGUGUAACAAUCAUAUCUUGUCGCAUCACGGAGCCGGUUGUGUGUUCAUUGCCAUCACGGGGUGCGUUUACCCGGUUACCGUUCAAAUUGACCAAUCAGAAAUGCCUGAAUAUAUAAUUAUACAUCAUUACCUCUCGGUCACCUGAUGCAUCCUGACCAAUAGCAGACGUCUGCUUUGACGUCCCCCUGGAGACAGGGAAGCAGAAGAUAUAAAAUGUCGCGUGCAGUAAAAGUGAGCACACUGUUGACUGCGACGACUCAUCACAAGUCGAAAGUGACAAGCUUUCCGCCGGUUCAACAAGUCUUAUUUCUACGAUAGAUUUUCGUUCAGCAAACAAGAAUCCAUCAUGCGUGAAGUGAUCUCCGUCCAUGUCGGCCAGGCCGGUAUUCAAAUGGGUAACGCCUGCUGGGAGCUGUACUGCCUGGAGCACGGCAUCCAGCCGGACGGCCAGAUGCCGAGCGACAAGAACAUCGGCGGUGGGGACGACUCCUUCAACACGUUCUUCAGCGAGACCGGGGCCGGAAAGCACGUGCCUCGUGUCGUCUUCGUCGACCUGGAACCAACAGUUAUCGAUGAGGUCCGAACCGGCACCUACCGCCAGCUGUUCCACCCAGAGCAGCUCAUCAAAGGUAAGGAGGAUGCCGCCAACAACUACGCCCGCGGCCACUACACCAUCGGCAAGGAGAUCAUCGACCUCACCCUUGACCGGAUCCGGAAGCUGGCUGACCAGUGCACUGGUCUCCAAGGCUUCCUUGUCUUUCACUCCUUCGGCGGCGGCACCGGAUCCGGCUUCACCUCCCUCCUGAUGGAGCGUCUGUCUGUCGACUACGGCAAGAAGUCCAAACUGGAGUUCGCCAUCUAUCCCGCUCCUCAAGUAUCCACCUGCGUGGUGGAGCCCUACAACGCCAUCCUGACAACCCAUACGUCACUGGAGCACACCGACUGCGCCUUCAUGGUCGACAACGAGGCUAUCUACGACAUCACCCGCCGUAACCUGAACAUCGACCGGCCUACCUACACCAACCUCAACCGUCUGAUCGGCCAGAUCGUCUCCUCUAUCACCGCCUCCUUGCGGUUUGACGGUGCCCUGAACGUGGAUCUCACGGAAUUCCAGACCAACUUGGUGCCGUACCCGCGCAUCCACUUAACACUGGCUACCUACAAGUAUUCUAUAGGACGACAUCCAGUGCACGUGCAACCAUCGGUACACACGAAAACACAGUAA